AUUUUUAUCACCCUACAGGCUUUCAGGCAGUACCGCAGAGUGUCCUUGCUUUACUUUGGUUUAGCUUUUCCUGCCCGACAGCCGGCUUUUAGACCUGAAUAGGAGUGAAGAGUCUGGUUCUUUAAGGAAGAUGAGAAAUUUCAAUGACUGUGUGUUUUCCAGGUGUCACAUCCGUUUUUCUGCAGGUUUUAAUUGCAAGUGGAAGGCAGGUCUGCGAUAUAUGAUGGCCACUCACCAGCUUUUACGGAUGAGGCAAAAGAAUAAAUCCUCCAAGGAAUCAGUGUUGUUCCCCAACAAAAUUACUACUGAGCAGCAGUCUGUGGUGCUGAUGAAAAAGCUUCUGGCUAUCUCUGUAUCCUGUAUAACAUACCUGAGAGGGUUGUUCCCAGAGAGUUCAUAUGGAACUCGCUAUUUAGAUGACCUCUGUCUAAAAAUUCUCCGAGAAGAUAAAAGCUGUCUGGGAUCACUGCAGAUAGUCAAGUGGAUUCAAGGUUGUUUUGAUGCUUUGGAGAAGAAGUAUUUACAUAUUGCUGUCCUAGCAAUUUACACCAAUCCCAAGGAACCGGAGACAGUGACUGAACUGUAUCAGUUCAAAUUCAAGUACAAAACAGAUGGGCCCCAGAUGGACAUCAUCAGCAACAAAAUGAACUUUGUGAAUGGGGUGUGCAGUGAGGAGGUUAAAAAAGCCAGCAGCCUGCUGAUCCGUAAACUGUACCUGUUAAUGCAAAACCUCGGGCCGCUUCCCAAUGACGUUACCCUGACCAUGAAACUCCUCUAUUACAAUGAUGUAACUCCUGACAGUUACCAGCCCCCUGGCUUUAAGGAAGAUGGCAGCCCUAGUAAUCUGCUGUUUGAUGGUGAUCCUGUCAACCUGAAAGUGGGGUCAGUCUCCACUGGAUUUCACAUCGUGAAAGUGAGGGUAACAACUGAAAACAAAAGAAUGGGGACAGUUGAAAGCAGGCUGCUCCAGAAGAAUGGCCCUACUGAGAUCUCCCAUCAAGGGUUAGACUGCGAUGAAGAGGAAGAGGAGGGGAGCCCCAAGAACAACCCUCUCCCUGCCAGAGCAUAUUCAAGUGAACAUGGAGAGGACAAAAGUGACAUGCAUCCAGGCUGGAAAACUGAAGCAUCUUCUUUUUGUCUUCGGGAUACAGAUAAGCUGCCUGAACCUUGCGUUUAGCCAGGAAGAGGUAAUAGGACCCAAGAAGAAAAGGAAGGUCAGUGAACCAGAGAAGCUGCUUCUGGAAGGCAGGAAAUGAUGUUCGUUCUGACACACAAUACGUUUUAGAAGGUGCGAGUUCUCAUUGUCAUCUCACUAGUAAAGACCUUUACUCUCUUCUCAUAUUUAACUCUCCACAUUCCACAUGUAUUUUUGCAUAUUUGUCUAGUACGGACUUUCGAUUGCAAAGAGACAGCAAGCAUAGUUAUCGUCAUGACAAUGUAGAUCAACAGUACUUGUUUGAUGUUCUAAAGCUGAGGAUUGAUGAUUCCAUAUGAAUGGUGUCUGUGUGCUUCUUUUUCUCUCUUUCUCAUACCCCCCUCCACACCCUCCACACCACACUGGCUAAAUUUGCUCCUCUGUGGCUGGACAGUCCUUUGCCAAUAUGUCAUCAAUAUUAUGGCAGCAUUUCAAGAUAAACUCUGAGGAAUUAAUGCCUGCAAACAACAAGUCUCAUGAUUCAUUAGACAUCCUAUCUACUAUUUCCGGAGCAUAGAUUUUUUUUGAAAAAGAGUUUUUAUCUAUAUUGAACACAGAGAUAAAAUAAUCUAUACACAUUUUCUGCUGUUGCUGAAUGUUUUUUUCUGACUCUGCAAAUAGUGUUGCUAUGGCUAUAUUAUCAGCUUAUUUCUAAAGCAGCAACCCACCACGUACCAAGGGGCUUAGACAGUUACACGAUAUAAAUCAUGUUGAAAUACAGCACUUUUAAAACUUAGCUUUAAUAAAGGUACCUUAUGACUGCAAAUACAGGUAAGGACAUCCACAGCAAUAAAAUAAGGGAUUUAGAUAUACUUUGGAGCAAGAGCACUGUGUUUUGUGUCAUGUAGAUUGCCUGGCACUCUGUCAAGACCUAAGGGAUAUUAUUGGAGUGAGAGGAGCAAAAUGGUCUUAACUGGUCUUACACAUUUUUUAAAAGUUGUUCAGGGUACAGCAUUUCUAAUACUUUAGACACAUAGCAAAAGAGAUAUUGAAAUAUGAAAUUGCAGAGAAGGUAAUGAAAUGCACCCUCUUCCCAGCACAGUGUCAACUGUCUAAAGUGUUCAGAUCCUACAGUGAUGGAGAAGUACAAGUGUGAGAAUUCAACAGAGUAAUCUGCCCAGUAAUGUAGCCUAUCUGAAAUGUCAGGGAUGUUGCAACAAAGAUAUUGCAGGAAUAGGGCUUGAAGAGCAGCUGUGGUUUUGGAUGUAAGGUGUUUCUUCUGUGGUGUAUGUCAGAGAGCUGCAGAGAAGGCAGUAAGGAUUAUUUGCUGAGUAUCUGACCCACAGUGUCUAAGGCACAUCCUUGAAGAACCUCAGCCACCAGUGCCAUCACUGGACAUACCGGGUUCCCUAUCACUGUUAAUAUGGUGAUGUCUUCUGCUGUGGCAGCCCCUGUGAUUGGCCCCAGGCAUUUGGGAUCCUCUUCACUGCUGAAGCUGUGAAACUUUGCUUGACUGGAUAAAAGCCCCUGGAGCUGUGGAUUGACCUUACUUGACUAGCUGAGUUCCAUGUAAACCCCGCUGCUGAUUUCUUGCCUUUCUUGUGCUUUUACUCUAGUUGGCCAUCAAAGAAAGAAUCAGAAGCCAGACUAGGACUGGCUGACUGGGUAGAGAGAACUCUGAAGUCGAACAAUCCUAAAUGAUCAAUGGAAUUUUGCAACUGGCUGAGUUACUUCUUGCAAUUCAAAUGACAGUGCCACAGCUGUGCUUACUUGGCCCAAGGCAGACAGACCACUGACUAUCCCUGAGCCUGCAGCAGUGUCUGGCAGGUUUUGUGGCUUGAUGCCUAUUUCACAAAACAGGUAGAACAUGAGAAUUCCCCAUUUUAUCCUCACUUUCAGUCCUGUGUUCUCAUUUUCGCACCUGUGGCCUAAUAAGCCAGUUUGUUCACAUGCCAGAGCAAACCAGAAAUCUUCGCUCUGCCCAGAUUUUGUAAUGAUGUUUGUUCUCGUGCCUGCACAUCCACCGGAGGCCUGUGUUCUUCACAGGACAGCAGCAGCUCAGGACCUGCCUUGACCUGAAACCAUGGCCCUGGUGUUGCCAGAAUGUUUCACCUCCAUGCUUCUCCAGCCCACUGCCUCCUGCCUACCCCCAAAGGCUUGUCCUACUGUUGUGUUGUGCACGUAUGAGAAAGACAAACAAGGCUGUGAUUAUGGCUGCGCAAACGAGUUAGUCCGUUAACUUGCUUUGUGCACAGUGGAAAAUGCAAAGUGUCUUGUCCCGCAAUGAAAGUGAAGUAAGCUAUCUUGUGUUACCGCAUAGUAAGAGUGUGCACACAGCUACCACGAAGUAAAUCCACAGCUUAGUUUACUGCAAAGUGUCUUGGUCUUAUACCCAUGGCCAGAGACUCACUGUCUCAGUUCACAUUGGCUUCUAAUCAGCUAUUUUACGGUAAUGACUUUCAGUCAUUUUCAUUUCAGGCUUGGUUAGAAAUAAAGUAACUUGUGAUGAACUGCCACAGUAAGCGUCUGAUUUUUCUUUCCCACAAGCUUGUGGUUACCAUCAGAUUCUAAGAAAAGUCUUUCCACUGCAGAUUGGAAUCA